CAGUCGAUAAAAUAUUGAUCUUGUAUUAUGUCAGCAAAAUGCUUUUCUGGGAAUUCUUUAUUUAUGUCUUUGAUUUUUUAUGGAUUGUGAGUUGUAAAUAAUAACACACAAUAGAUAAACAGUGCAAUUGUGCAUUCGUUGCGUUAAUAUGGUCAAGUGUAUAACCCUAAAGUGUUUUCUGUUUUGAAAGUUUAAAACUUGCUGUUUAUUUACGUAAAAUAGUUUUCUUAAAUUAAAAGUCAUAAUUAAGUAUGAACCCAUUCGCAGCGGCAGCGUUAACAGCAUGUUGUUUGGUUGUUGGAGCUGUUGCAGCUACUAUAUAUGCUUUUUCACGACGUCAAUACAACAAUCAUCAUGAAAAUCAUCACAAUCAUCAAAAUGAAUUUAAUCCAGGAAGAGCUCGUAACUUAACUUGUCCAUUUUGUGGACAGGCUGUAGUUGCUAAUGAUUAUCCACUAGCUUGCGGUCAUUUGUGUCAUGUAACUUGUUUUAGAGCACAGCCUGCAAGUAGAAGAGACAAUUGUUCAUUUUGUUACGAUGAUCAAGAUUAUGAAGUAUUAGAUGAUCAAGAUGAUGAAGCAGUAGUAGUAAGAGGAUCAUUUUCAAGAAUGCAUGAAGAAGUUAGAUACCGACCGAAUCAUCAAUCUCCGUCAAAUAUUAAUGAAAAUGAUGUGACUCCUGCAUCAGCUCCUGAAUCAACGUCGGGGACAGCAUCGACAACAAAAGAAGUCUGUUGUGCAUUUUGUAGAGUAUGGCUAGAGAUUUCUGUAGACCAGAAACAAUUAACUUGUGGUCACUAUGCCCAUAAUAAUUGUUUUGAGAAAUUAAAACAUUUAGUAAAGUGUCAAGAAUGUGUUAGUAAUGAUUCAUCAGACUCGGAAGACGAAAUAUAAUCUCCGUCACAUUUCGUUCCCAAAUACUAAUUGAUCUGCUUAGAAGUUAAUUAAUUUAUUAUUAGAAGGCUAGAUUUUACUUGAUACUCUAUUAAAUAAUAUAUUAGAAGUAAUUAUUAUUCAUAAUUUAUUUUUCUUCUUCAUUUUUUUUGGAGCAAUGAAGAACAAGAUAUUAUAUAUUUGUUACAUAAGUAAAAUGACGUGGUGUACUUUAUUGAGAUCUGAUAAAUAAAUUGCGCUUUGUGAUAAAA